AUGCCAGCUGCUGCAGUGAAGCCCUCUCUGGAGGACAUGGUUGCAGAAGGAGAGCGUGGAGUGUCCCAGUGGGAAGCUCCAGCUCUGGGCAGGGAGCGGCUGCCUCUUCCCUCCCUGAAGGUCCCCAGGGAGCUGCUGCGGAGCUUCCCCCACUCCAAACGGGUGGGAUCCUACCUGGUGGGGAAGAUGAUCAACAAGGGUUCGUUCGCCAAAGUGAUGGAGGGGCUGCACAUCGGCACGGGGGAAAAGGUUGCCAUUAAGGUGAUAGACAAGAAGAAAGCUCGCCAGGACUCGUACGUGUUGAAAAACAUGAAGAGAGAACCUCGAAUUCAUCAGAUGGUCCGACAUCCUCAUAUUGUAGUUUUGCUGGAGACUCUGGAGACGGAGAACAGCUACUACAUGGCCAUGGAGCUCUGUGCAGGAGGAGACCUGAUGGACCGGAUCUGUGAGAGGAAGCGGCUGGAGGAGAGGGAGGUCCGACGUUACAGCCGACAGAUCCUCUCUGCUGUCCAUCAUCUGCACAAACACGGCAUCGUGCACAGAGAUUUAAAGAUUGAAAACUUCCUCCUGGAUGAACACAACAACAUAAAGAUUGUGGACUUUGGCCUGAGCAACACCCUGAAAGCUGAAUCUUUAUCUCUGGAGCUCCUCAGCACCCAGUGUGGAAGUCCAGCCUACGCCGCCCCUGAACUGCUGGCUCACAGGAAGUACGGACCCAAAGUGGACGUCUGGUCUGUAGGUGUGAGCAUGUUUGCCAUGCUGACAGGAACUCUCCCCUUCACUGUGGAGCCUUUUAACAUCAAACAGCUGCACCAGAAGAUGGUCAGCGGAGAGAUCAGCAGCAUCCCCAGCGACGUCAGCAAAGGUGCCGUGUCAUUCGUGUUGUCUCUCCUGGAGCCGGAUCCAGAUAAGAGACCGAGUGUCAGAGAGGCGAUGGAGGAGAGAUGGAUCAACGAGGGACACGCCAAGAAACCACUGCACACACUCUGUCAUAAAAACAGGUUGUGUCCAGAGGAUCUCAGCUCGUCUGUGCUGACGUACAUGACGGAGUCGCUGGGCUACUCGCUGUCAGAAGUCAUACAUACGCUGACCACUAACCGACCGUCCGCCAUCAUGGCCUCCUACCACCUGCUGCUCAACAAGCUCAACAGGAGCCCGAAAGGAGCCAAAGCCAGCAAGAAGCUGGAAAGCAGUGACUGGUGUCUUCCCAGCAAGAAUACAUGGAGAGAGAGGAGUAACACUGAAUCAAACACUCAGCAACAGAACGAACCGACCAACGAGAAAAGCUCAAAGCAGUUCAGCAGACCUCUGAGAGCCCAGCAGACGACCGACUGUCAGAGCAACAGGAGGAGGACCGAGGACCUGCACAGGAAGGACCACAGAGAGGACGACGAGAACCGUCCCCCGUCUCCCUCCCUGCCCCAGCUUCCUCACUCCGCCUCCCCCUCCUUACCCCCUCGGCUUCCCUCACACUCUCCUGCCCCGCUGUCUGCAGAGGAUGGAGCUACUGAUGAGGAGAUCACGUUGGACGCCAGAGAGACGCUGUUUCCUGAAGUGUCAGUGUUCGGAGACAGAGAGCUCGUCCAUCUUUCUCCUCCUAAAAGCUCCGCCUCUCAGCUCUGUGACUCCGCCCCUUGCCAAGUCCCCUUGCCUGCCGAGCCAAUCAGAGAACCCAGCAUGUCCAGACCGAUCCGACACACACACCUGCUCAGGACGACCCAGUCGGACGGGGCGGCGGACCCGGGGUCGGACUGUUUCCAUGACAGCCGCCACCAGGACGACUCCCAUCACCUGAGCAUCAACGAGCGUCUGGAGAAGCUGCAGACGUUCUACUCCUCGGAGAAGAACGGCGUUUCUCCCAGGAUGCUCCUGGAGGCCGACACCUCGGACCGAGCCCACCUGGCUACCAUAGAGACGCCUCAGACAUCACCCUCCGCCCCCCUCCCACGUUUACGCACCGUGGGGCUAAAAGAUGGACGGGGCAGGAAGAUGACCUGGGUGGGGCUGACCCGACCUGGACCACCGGGACUCCUGGUGAACGGGUCCAAACCUCCUGCCUUCCCCCCGCAGAGACAGCACACUCUGGUCAUCAAGAGCCUGAGGCAGGAGAGGGGGAAGAGGAAAGAUCUGUCUGCAGCAGGAGGAGGAGGAGGAUCAGAGAGGGCAGGAGGAGGCAUCAGCGGAGCCAAGAGGAACUCAGUCCAGCUCCGUUCGUCUCUGCAGCGUCGGGUCGCCGACCUGAACCUGCCGCUGCUUCCUGCAGCCCUGCAGGGGAAAAGUGACAGGAAGAAUCAGCUGCACAGCAUGGACUACUGACACACUGGGAGGCAGAGAAAGGUGCUAGAAAGUUAGUUUGUAAAGAAGAUUAGCAUUUAAGAAACACAGGGUUGGUCGAAACUGGGACAAACAGCACCUAAGAACUGUGUUUUAACCCUCCUGUUGUCCAUAUUUAUGGGCACCAAAAAAUAUUGUUUCCUUGUCUGAAAACAAUCCAAAAAUUCAGCAAAAAAAUUCCCCAAAUUUCUGAAAAUUUGCAAAACUUUCAGGAAGAAAACUUCAAUAAUUCCUUAAAAGUUUCCCUCAAAAGUUUUAUUAAAAAAUCCCCCAAAUUUGGCAAGAAAAUUCCUGUAGAUAUUUUCAAAAUAUGAAGAAUAAUCUUCUAAAAAAAUCCUAAAAAUAUCUAACGUGAUUCCAUAUAUAUCAGUAAAACUUCUAAUAUUUUCUUGAAGAACAUUGUGAAAAAAAAUCUACCAAAAUCCAGCGAAUUUCGCUGGAUUUUGGUUGAUUUUUUUCUGAAUGGUCUUAAGAAACUUUUUUUUAACAUUUCUUUUUUUUCCCACCAAAAAAUGUUCAAAGAUUUCCCAAAAAUGUUUAAAAUGUGGCCAUCAGAAGUUUCACUGUGAAUUUCUUUUUUUUUUCACAUUUUCAAACUUUAAAACGGGUCAGUUUGUCCUGCAGGACGACACGAGGGUUAACGAACAGCUGCAAAUAGGAACCACAGAAGAUACAGUACUAAAGCUAUGACAAUCUAUUUCUACUUUUCUGCAGAAGCUUUGCUCACCAACAGAACUCCUCCCCAAACAAGCAACAUACAGUAACUGAAGUUGCAGUGCCAAAACUUCAACUCAGAUGAAUAUCAGCUCUUAAAUUAAAUUCAGUCUCCAGCAGCAGGAGUUUGGUUCAGCUCAUAUCAACUAUUUUCUCCUUGAAUUUCAACAUCUCACAAUGUGAAGUGCAAAACACACGCUGACUUUGGUUCCAUUUGUAUUCAAUGCUCUUUCAUACAUUUUUGUACCAACAUUGAAAGUUAAAGUAAAAACAAGUAUUAAUUCUA